AAAAAUAGAGGACAUGAAGGUGUCCAGUUUCAUACCAAUAGAGGACAGAAGACAACUGGACUGUCCUCUUUGAUGGCCACACUAUGCAUGUGCCCCCCGUGCCUCCCUACAUGUCACCUAUGCCUCUGACACACAUGAUCUUUUUGACAAUGACAUAGCUAAGAAGCUGCCAUGUAGACACACAGUGCAAAGGAGAACUCCACCCUUCCCCCUUGUAGGCAGGCCCCUGCCCCUGGGUUGAUCACUGCUGCUGAUGGACCUUCCAACAUGAAGCAAGUCAACAGACAAAUCUGAAUUUGGAUAAUAUUCAUGACUUAAUACAUUCAUGUCAUCCUAAAAUAGCCAAGACCCUGCCUCAGCCAACACGAGAUUCAACCCAUGCUUUGUGACACUUUGGCAACUAAAUUCAGCCCUAUUGCAGCCUGCUUAAGUCACUGUAAAACCAUCAUUGCCCAUUUUAGCCCUUUCCCUGAGUGAUGGUAAAUGGGGCGGAGAAGGAGGACCCACCCCGCUGUAGUGCUCAUGCUUUCAGAUGGAAUAGGAUCACCCUUAGAAACUGGGCACCAUGGAGAUACCAAAGAAGGGAUACAGGAUCUGACCCAGCAUGCCUGACCAACCUGAUGUGCACAAGGCCUGACACAGGCUGCUUUGUGACACGUCCCCUCUGUGACAUUGCAUCACUGUGGAGACCUGCGCGGCAGCAGGGAAAAAGUCAGAGCAAAGCAUACUUCUUCCUCAGUCCAAGGAUUUACCUGGACAGUGAAGGAGUGGUUUUGGUGGUGUAUUUUGAGAAGUCCCAAUUGUUAUUAUUACUGCUAAUUUUUUGUUGUUUUAUAAUUCCCUUUAUAAUUAUUCCUAUUAUUGUACCUCUUGCAGCUGAUUUAUAUUUUAUUAAUUUAUUUAAAUUGUUUUUAUUAUUAUCCUCAUUUUUGUUCUUUCAUUAUCUUUUUUCUAUAUUACAAGGUGUUAGAAGUUGUCAUUCAUCAAUAUUAUUAUUAUUUAAGUUUAUUAGGGUUUACCAUUAGGGUUAUUGUUCGGAUUGGGUGUACCAUUAGGUUUAGAGUUAGGAGUGGUGUUAGAGUCGAGGUUCAGAGAGCAUCAUUUGUUUGCCAUGGAGAACAUGAAGGAGGACAGCCAUCCAGACUUAACGGGGCUGUUCACUCCCAGGCCUCUGCCACAAAGUCCCCCACCCCCAAAGGAACGUACCGGCUGGGACAAGCUCUACCAUGAUGUCCUUCUAAAACUGGAUGCCUGCCACUGGAUCGCUCAGAAAUUGAAGGAUGAAGAGGAAAUCCUUGCUGAGAUGGAGCCCAGUCCUUAUGUGUGGAGCAUCAGUAAAGGCAUAAAGAGGAAGAAGCUGCAGCUAUUCCGAGAGCUGUACUGCUUGAACCGUCAGCGCCAGGUCUACGAAAAGAUCUGUAGCUGGAAAAAGGAGCACGAGCAGCUGCAGCAAGAGCAGAGCAAAAGGAUGCCCAGGAUCAGGUCCAUGAGUGUUCAUGAGCUGCAUGGUGACACCUUCUCACCUGGACUCAGGGACUUUCUCCACCCCUGCACCCUCCAGUCCCCUUUUCAUACAGGCCUCCUGGGGUCCUCCCCGUGAUCUCCCUCCCCAGCAGGACCCUCUCCCACCUCAGGACACUGUUCCCCUCUCAGGCAUGCGGAGGUUAGCAGAGACUCCACAAAGUCCCUUGCCUUUGCCUGGGGCUCGGUGCCCAUUAUGCUGCACCUCCAGGACUGGAGCCCGAGGGCUCGAGCUACUCAGGCCUGUCAUGGCGGUGGUGAGAAGCCGUCCAUGGGCAGGCUGUGCUCCAUGAAGCACAGCAGAGCCUUCCCACAUGGUCAGAAAGCCCAUAGAGGUGGUGCAAUGAAGGGAGGAUGCCCAGCACUACCAGGGAUGGCUGAAACCCAGCAGCGUCCUCUUCAGCUGGGGUGGCCUCAGUCAGCAACCAGCAUGUUCACAACAUGGACCAAGGCUGGAUCUACUUCUGCCAUAAACUGUGGGAGCUUCAGCCUGUUCCUAACAAAUCUCCUGGUCUUGUG